AAGGCAAAAGGACCUUAUAAAACCAAGCUCUGCUUACCAGCAAGGCACCUUCUCUUGUGUUGGGAGCACAGAGAGCCUUUCCAUCAUGAACUUCACUGGAAAGUAUGAACUCCAGUCCCAUGAAAACUUUGAGCCUUUUAUGAAAGCCCUUGGGCUUCCCGAUGAACAGAUCCAGAAGGGCAAGGACAUCAAGAGCAUCUCAGAAAUCGUGCAGGAUGGAAAAAAGUUCAAGAUUACUGUGACCACUGGCUCCAAAGUGCUGCACAACGAGUUCACCAUUGGGGAGGAGUGCGAGGUAGAGAUGCUGACGGGAGAGAAAGUCAAGGCUACUUUUCAGAUGGAGGGUAAUAAACUGAUCGCAAACCUGAAAGGGCUGAAAUCUGUCACCGAACUCAACGGAGACACCAUCACCAAUACACUGAGCAUGGGAGACCUCACCUACAAGAGAGUCAGCAAAAGAAUCUAGAAAUCCUGUGCAUGUUAAUCAUUUUACUGUGUAAAAUGUGUCCAUUAAAGUAAAAUUUGUACUAAA